AUGGCUCUUCACCAAAAAGUCCAGGAGUUCGAAGAGACGAUUCUUCUGUCCGCCGCCGAUCCCGCCGAUAUAAGCCCAGGUCGAUCAUUCCGGCGACUGGAUCCGUUUAAAUCUGAGUCGAUUUCGGUACAGCUCUUCUCGACUCCAGCACAGUUUUCACCGAUUCCAGCAACUCGAAGUUUGCAGGAAACAGUCGGGAAAUGGCUGGAACCUACGUUUGAACUUCCGGCCGGAACCGACCGUGCCAUAAUAACCUGGGAGUCUACAAAGAAAAAAGAAGAAGCUGCUCGAAGAAAUUAG